AUGCAGCGUCGCCUGACCGAGAUCAUCGAGGCGCUGCCGGCGCAGAACCAAUGGCACGUGCAUGCGCACAAGGCGUACGCAUUUCUCUUGACCGCGACCGGCGUUCUCGUCAUCUGCAUCUUGGUCACCGACGCGAUCGUCAACAACUGGGCGCUCAACAACUACCUUGGCGACGCGUACUUCCUCGCAACGCCCGUGGCCACCGCGCAGUUCCUUCCGCAGCUCACUCGACAGUACUCGUUUGCGCGAGGGCUCUCGGUCAACACCCUCUCCAACGUUGGCUUCUGGAUGGCGAAUACGACGGUGCACAAGAUCAACACCAAGGCCGACGACAUCUACCUCGUCGCGGCCGGCGAGUUCCCGCUCACGCCCGCCACCGUGCUCUGCCCCAUCUUCCAGCAAAACUACUCGUUCAGCUGGACGCCGGCGACGCCGACCGCCCGCCUCGCGCUGGCCUCCGGCGCCAUCACGUACUACCGCGGGAACGCGAUCACGAACGCCUUCUCGGACGGCAAGACAGCCAACCUCGCCAACGCGACCAUGCGCAGCGACCAGAUCGCGGCCUUGGGGUACACGCCCGGGCGCAACUACGUCGACAUGCGCUUCACGCGCGCCAUCCCGAUCCGCAACACGUCCUUGCCCCAGACGCAGCUCGUCCACUACUAUCGCAUCUUUCCCCGCACCUUCUGCACGCUCUGCGACCCGGUCGCCGAGCUCGGCUACAGUGUCUGCAACAUGACAAUAGUGUACAAUCACAGCGCCAAGAGCCUCCGCGUGACGUCGAGCACGUUCGUCGAGGGCUCGAAGUUCACGCUCGGGCUCAUGCUGCGCAGCAACGUUGCCACCAUUGCGUCCGUCUACGUCAAGCUGCUCGGCAUCUUCUUUGGCGUCGGCGGGUACCUCGCGAGCCGCCGGACGGUGCAGUGGCUCGACGCGCCAGACUCGUUUGUCGCGCGCGUCCUCCGCACGGUCGCGCCCAAGUACUACCCUCAGGCCUCCCACGCGCUGCGCUUCGACAUGUUUUGCUUCAACUCGGACAUCUUUGUCUACUGCUACGCGCUCAGCGUGCUCUUGGAUCUCCAAAACUGCUUUAUCUUUAUGCGCAACGUCAACGCGCUCAACAAUUGGAACCCGCAGCCGAUCUACUCGCUGCAGAUGUUUUGCUGCAGCAUGCGCUUCCUCUGGCUCAACUGCGCAGUCCUGAAGCUCGCCAAAACCGGCUGGAGCCUCCUCGGCACCGUCUCGUUCAACGGCCAGAGCGCGGUCAUGGGCUUCCUCAACUGGUCGAGCGUGCUCUCGCUGUACCUCAGCGCCGUUCUGCUGGCGUACGUCCCGCCGUUCAUGGACUACAACAACUCGGUCGCGACCGACCUCCGCAACUCGUUUGAGAAGAUUGACGGGAUCCGCGUCGACUUUUUCGAUAGCUUUUACAUGCGCGUCGGCGGCUCGGUCGUGCUCGGAAUGCUCGUCAACCUCGCGGUGAUUACGCUCCUCGACCAUGGAUGGAACCGCGCGCACUGGAAGCUGCUGAAACAACACUCGCUGUCUCGCCAAGCGAUGUACAACUCGUCGUCGAUUCUCUGCGACUUCCUCGAGGGGAUCGAGCAAAAUCCCGAAGCAAAGAACGGCGGUGCCCUCAUGAUCUGCCGCGUCCGCCGCCUCAGUACGCUCCAGUGGUUCUUCAUGAGCCAUUUGUCGUGCUUUGGCUUGCCCGAGAACCCGAAUCUCGAAACAGCGUCGGCCACGCAGGUGAUUGCAGUCAAGAGCAAAAUUCCAGCGCCCGAAGGCCACACCGCGUCCGUGUUCUCCGUGAUCCAAGACAGCGACCGCCACCUGCACCUCCAGGACAGUGCGCAGGCGCAGGUCUCGAGCCUCGUCCUCAACCUCAAGAUCCAUAAGAACUCGGCGAGCAAAGCGAAGACGCGGUCCAUUGCCAGCGACGAGAUGCUGCAGACACGCAACGCCUCGUCCAUGGUCGUCGAGAACACCCUCCACGUCGUCGACGGCGUCCUCAGCGACGAGCCGAGCCUCGUGUAA